UGUGAACAGUUCGGAGCACUGAGUGGACAUGGGCGAGCCGAGCCUGUGCACCGAGAUCGUGUUGACCGGCUUCGGUGGCUACCACAAGUUGGCGGUCCGCGAGGCUGCCUACACCGCGCACUCUUUGCUCGACGACGAGGUGCUGGUGCGCGUGCGAGCUUGCGGUGCCAACUUCGCCGACAACUACGUGCGACUAGGGCUUUACGUGCACGGACAGCAACGGCCACCAUUCGUCAUGGGUAUGGAGGCAGCGGGUGACGUCAUUCGAGUCGGCAGCGCUGUCACGCGCUUCAAGGAAGGUGAUCGCGUGAUGUGCUGGCGCUUCACUUACGGCCUGUGGGCGAGCGUGGCCACAUUGUCCGAGCGAGACUGCUUCGCCAUCCCGAACGGAAUGAGCUACAACGAAGCCGCCGCCUUCCCAAUCAGCUACGCCACAGCCUACCUGGCCAUCUGCGACUUCGGGGGCCUCCGCAAGGGUCACAAGGUGCUCAUCCAGGCGGCCGCAGGUGGCGUGGGCUGGGCAGCUACCCAGCUGUGCCACACGGUGGAAGACGUGACAGUCUACGGCACGUCGUCGGCAUCCAAGUUCUCCCUGACGCAGCAAAACGGUGUCAACCAUCCGAUUGACUACCGCGUCGAGGACUUUGUCGAUGUGGUGAAGAGGAUGGAGCCUAAAGGUGUGGACAUCAUCAUGGACUGCCUGUCCGGUGGAGAGUUUACCCGUGCGAGGGCACUGCUGAAGCCCAUGGGACGCGCCAUUCAUAUUGGCAUCAGCAGCAUGGUGUGGGGCCAGUAUUUCCGGCCGUGGAAGACGUUCAAGACGUGGUGGCAGACCAAGCUGGUGAACGUGUACAACCUGUCCAAGGACAGCCAAGCCAUAUGCGGCCUCAGCCUAGCCGCCGUCUCCGAGAAGGAGCCCCAUAGGAUGAUCGAUGUCAUGCAGCACCUCACCGAGCUGUACGAACAGGGAAAGCUCAAACCACACAUCGACUCUAAGUGGCCAUUUGCUGAGGUUGCCAAGGCUAUGGAACAGAUAAUAGAAAGAAGAAAUGUAGGUAAAGUAAUACUUUUACCGCCCGAAGAACACAAGAAGUCAUUGUCAUCUCAAGGAACACGAGAGUGACGAAGAAAGAUGUCAAUAUAUUUUUUCAUUAUUGUAAUUCUUAUACGAUAAAAUUUUCUAUUGCAUGUGGCUUUUCACAGCGUGGCAGAGCCCCAUUCACAGCGCUGUAAUUAUGCGUUGAUACAGCAAUAAAGUGAAAACAGGCAACCAGA